CAGGAUAAGGGCUGCACUAAAGCCCUCAUCGACUACAUGAAGCUAUAUCUCGGAAGUUUAGCCAUCGGCGUGGCUGUGGUGGAGAUCCUGAUUGUCAUAUCUGCCUGUUGUCUGUGCCGUGAGAUCAACAAUAAAUACGCCACGUAUUCCAACCCCAAGGCCCGGGCCUAA